CAAUAGUCCAUCUGGCAAAGUUUACAUUUCGUUUGGUCUACAUCUGGUGGUGGGGAGAAGGGUUAAUUAACAGAAAUACAUCUGGAUUUGUAUCUAGUGAGAGAAGGCUAGGAAAGGUAGUGAGUGGGAGGACUGCGCGGGACAGGCAGAAUCAGGGCCACACGUGGAGUGUAUGAAAAGUGCCGCUCAGUGCCGCGGUGGUGCCAGCCCGCGACGGUCUAGUACCUGCCCACCACUUCGCCCGUCAACCCUCUCAACCACGCGUGCCAGACAUCCUGCUACACUGAACCACACACGUCCACCUGUGUGGACAUAACUGCCCAUAGUUUAUUAUACUUUGGGUACGAUUGUAAGAGUCACUGAUCCCGUGGACGUCGUUCCAUGAUAUAUUUCUCCCAAAGAUUAACAUUAGAAUAUUUGUGGCAGCCACAGGAAAUAAGCUACGUUGAGCUGCACAGGGAAAUGAAAUUUGAAAUGUAAGAGUCUCUGCUCGCUGGCUUAACCCACAACAUAAGGGUAUAGUUCUCGUUGCAUUAUUUUAGUACAUGCAUCUUCUAAAGCUCCGUUUAUUACCCGCAUCUUGACGCUGUAGAGAGAAAUAUUCAAGACUUGAAAUAACCUGAUAACAUAAAACUUAUCAACUUUAUUAGCAUACAUACUCUUUCUCAAAUCAAAAUAGUUAUAUUUUAUUUUGUCGAGUAACCGAAGUAAAAUAACUGCAUAGGCUAAUAACUAAAAAUUUCGACCAUCAGUAUUUCUAAUAAGAAGAGAAACGCGAUGAUUUUAACUUCCAGUAACUAAAUGAAUUACAGACGUCCCAGAUACAGCACAAUAGAGACUUAAACAACUACGCAAGACUUCCUCAAAACAAGAACUCACUCACCUUACAUUUCCCACCACCACCUACCAUCUUACCAACAACUCCAGCCACAUCCCCACACCAACGACCAGCUGGGCAGUGUGAUCAAGUCUGUCUGUGGCUGUGGUCAUGAUGUGGACCUACGGACGAUGCUCACCUCUCAUAUUCUCGCUGCUGCUGCUGCUGCUCUGCCUCAGCACGAUGUCACACUGCCUCCAACUCAGCCAACCUCUAGACCAGCGAGCAGCCACCUCGUCUGUGCAUACCUAUGUUCCCACACCCGCCCACGCCUACGCUACCCUCCACGCCCACAACACGGGCCUUCACUCACAGAUCCAUACACUGGUGCGCCCAGUUCGUGCGAGUGAAGGUCUGGGGAAAACAGACAACAGUACUAGAGCCCAGAGGGACCAGCCCAGAGAGUCCAUACAGGAGCCCAUGACCCAGGCAAGCAAGGUAGUAGCAGCGAGGAGCAGCAGUGACAUGGCCAGACUCUCUCACAACAUCUCUGCUAUCCUGGAAAACCUUCUCAUGAAUUACAACAACCAGGUGCGCCCCGGAUACCAUGAAGGACGAACAACAGUGGUCAAGUUCAGCUUGCUGAUCCGCAGUAUGGGUCCUAUAUCUGAGAAGGACAUGAAAUACUCCAUGGAGUGUUACCUGCGCCAGGAGUGGAGUGACGACCGGCUGCGGUUCAACGGGCCUCUGCAACAACUCACGUUGAACAUCAAGAUGCUGGAGGCGCUGUGGAAGCCUGACACCUACUUCCACAACGGCCUGGGGUCUUACGUUCACAUGACCACCAGACCUAACAAGCUCAUUAGGAUCAACCAGAGUGGCGACAUCCUCUACUCUAUGAGACUAACCAUCAAGGCCAAGUGUCCGAUGGAGCUUCGUAACUUCCCUAUGGACAAGCAGUCAUGUCCCCUCGUCAUCAGCAGCUGUGAGUUCUUCCCCUCUCUCUCCAUUGUUGGUUACCAUGGUGAUGGCAGCAUACGCCAUAGCGUCUCCAUGACAACCAGAGAUUAUAUACAUAGUCAAACGAAUCAGAUAUCGCCACGUCACAGGCAUCAUGACAUAACGUGUUCUGCUUUCAGGCAUCAUGACAUAACGUGUCCUGCUUUCAGGCAUCAUGACAUAACGUGUUCUGCUUUCAGGCAUCAUGACAUAACGUGUUCUGCUUUCAGGCAUCAUGACAUAACGUGUUCUGCUUUCAGGCAUCAUGACAUAACGUGUUCUGCUUUCAGGCAUCAUGACAUAACGUGUUCUGCUUUCAGGCAUCAUGACAUAACGUGUUCUGCUUUCAGGCAUCAUGACAUAACGUGGCUUGCUUUCAGGCAUCAUGACAUAACGUGGCUUGCUUUCAGGCAUCAUGACAUAACGUGGCUUGCUUUCAGGCAUCAUGACAUAACGUGGCUUGCUUUCAGGCAUCAUGACAUAACGUGUUCUGCUUUCAGGCAUCAUGACAUAACGUGGCUUGCUUUCAGGCAUCAUGACAUAACGUGUCCUGCUUUCAGGCAUCAUGACAUAACGUGUUCUGCUUUCAGGCAUCAUGACAUAACGUGGCUUGCUUUCAGGCAUCAUGACAUAACGUGUCCUGCUUUCAGGCAUCAUGACAUAACGUGUUCUGCUUUCAGGCAUCAUGACAUAACGCGUUCUGCUUUCAGGCAUCAUGACAUAACGUGGCUUGCUUUCAGGCAUCAUGACAUAACGCGUUCUGCUUUCAGGCAUCAUGACAUAACGUGUCCUGCUUUCAGGCAUCAUGACAUAACGUGUUCUGCUUUCAGGCAUCAUGACAUAACGCGUUCUGCUUUCAGGCAUCAUGACAUAACGUGGCUUGCUUUCAGGCAUCAUGACAUAACGUGUUCUGCUUUCAGGCAUCAUGACAUAACGCGUUCUGCUUUCAGGCAUCAUGACAUAACGUGGCUUGCUUUCAGGCAUCAUGACAUAACGUGGCUUGCUUUCAGGAAUCAUGACAUAACGUGUCCUGCUUUCAGGAAUCAUGACAUAACGUGGCUUGCUUUCAGGCAUCAUGACAUAACGUGGCUUGCUUUCAGGCAUCAUGACAUAACGCGUUCUGCUUUCAGGCAUCAUGACAUAACGUGGCUUGCUUUCAGGAAUCAUGACAUAACGUGGCUUGCUUUCAGGAAUCAUGACAUAACGUGUUCUGCUUUCAGGCAUCAUGACAUAACGUGUCCUGCUUUCAGGAAUCAUGACAUAACGUGGAUGUACUCAGCGCUGAGGGUGAACUUCAACCUAUCUAGGAGCGCCGGCUACUUCCUCAUCCAGGUGUACAUCCCGUGCAUCCUGAUCGUUGUACUCUCCUGGGUCUCUUUUUGGAUUAACCGGGAGGCCACUAGCGACCGUGUUGGCUUAGGCAUCACCACGGUGCUGACACUGUCUACCAUCAGCCUGGACACCCGCACAGACCUGCCCAAGGUACACUACGCUACAGCCCUCGACUGGUUCAUCCUCAUGAGCUUCGGCUACUGCAUCGCCACACUGCUGCAGUUUGCUGGCGUCCACUUCUUUACCAAGGACUCUGGUGUCCUGAAUCACGCCGGGGACAGCUUGGCCACCUUCAGGAGCACCGAGACCCAGACAGAGAAGAAGGAGCGGUGCUGGACGCAGUUCUACCAUUGUGUGUUAGGCGACGAGAACUACCGCAGGGAGAGACAGAGGACAGCCUGCCUCCAGCGAUCCAUCAACUCCGUCUCUGUUAUAGACACCGUCAGCAGGAUCCUCUUCCCCAUGUCCUACGGUCUGCUCAACCUGUGGUACUGGUACUCCUACUACGACACCGAACUCGUCUUCAACUGGACUGACCCAGGCUUCGAUGAUAUUGGUAUCGGUCUGCAGAGCAGUGAUGCCAAUACUGGGGGAGAGAGAAGACAAGGACAGUGAUGCCAGCACUGGGGGAGAGAAGACAAGGACAGUGAUGCCAAUACUGGGGGAGAGAAGACAAGGACAGUGAUGCCAGCACUGGGGGAGAGAAGACAAGGACAGUGAUGCCAGCUCUGGGGGGAGAUAAGACAAGGACAGUGAUGCCAGCACUGGGGGAGAGAAGACAAGGACAGUGAUGCCAGCACUGGGGUAGAGAAGACAAGGACAGUGAUGCCAGAUCUGGGGGAGAGAAGACAAGGACAGUGAUGCCAGCACUGGGGGAGAGAAGACAAGGAAAG